AUGGUGUCUUUCUGGCCCUGGAAGGGCGACGACAACUCCCCCGCCUCCUUUGAAAAGACCUUGUCAACGUUAUCCACCAAGAUCGCCCAGUCGACCACGCGACUGGACCAGCAGCGCCAAACAGCCCGUCGGUUCAAGGCUCUUUGGACCCUCUAUUCGACCUUUGCAUAUCUCUUCUACUCGAUCGUGCUUGCGCUGGUACUAGGAUGGGAGAGCUGGGGUGUCAAGGAGUACGCCGCUAUUGCAGGCGGCCCAGUGCUGAUAUACGGGGUACGAACGGCCGGUGCUCGUCUAUUUGAAUACCGCAUCUCCAGAAGCCAGCGCCAUGUCGAUGAGCUGAGCAAACAGCGUGACGAGACUAUCGAGAAGCUCAAAGUCGCGACCAAGUACAACUCUACUCAACAGUUGCUGGAGAAGUAUGGCGGCGAGUCGCCAAAGACUAGCCCCAACGCCAAGGGUGGUCCCGACAACCGAAAGCCAGGUACACCUUCGCAGAAGCAGCAGCAGCAGCAGCAGCAGCAACAUGUAGCCCGUACGGGGCUACCCCCUCCUCCAACCGCGAACAUCCGCCGUCCUCCUCCUCCUGGCCAGUCUCCCAUCGGACCUGGCAAUCCUCCCUCGUCUCCUCCCAACCAACCUCCUCAACAACAGCAAGCUCUCCCAAACACACCCUCCACACCUCCCAUCCCUCAACAAUUCACCGACGAGCCGGGCUUCGCGCCAAACGCGUUCCCAAGCUCCGGGCAGUACAUCGAACAACCGCACUGGUACGAUCGACUCUUGGACGUGCUCCUUGGUGAAGACGAGAUGCAGCCACGCAACCGCAUGGCCAUGAUUUGUGGCUCGUGUCGCCUGGUCAAUGGCCAGGCACCACCGGGUAUCAAGACUCUCGAGGAACUGGGCCGCUGGCGGUGUGGCAGCUGUGGGGCGUGGAAUGGCGAAGUGAGUGAAACGACGAAGAUUUUGUCGACCUUGAGGCAGAAUGCCGGUCCGGCUGAGGGUGCGUACGGGCCGAGUUCCACCGCCGAGGCUGAUGUCCAGGCUGGAGAUGUCAGUGAUGAAGAGAUGAUGGUUACUGUUAGCGAGGAGGAUGAGCAAGGUGACCGGGAUUCUGAUCAGGGCGGGGAGGGCGAGUCCGAUCAGACGAGCGCAGAACCAAAGGCUGAACCUGUUCGUCGGUCAAAGCGUGGCAAGGGCAAACAGUAG